CAUUUCACUGAAUGCCUUUGAAUGGUGGAGAGUACGAAAUAUGGUUUAUCUACCACUUCAGAUCUCGUUCUGUUGAAAGAAGGAGUUUUAGUAAUCAGUGGCAGGAGAGCAAAACCUUUGUGGCUUUCUGGCUUACAGUUUCCUUUCCCUGGAAACGGUAUUGUUUGUUUUGAAGCCAGAGGAGCAUCAGAUAUUGGAGUAUUUUUCUCUUCAACACCAGAGGACGUGCAUGAGGAUGACCAGGUUUUGACUGUUGAAAGUUCGCAACGUGCUGAAUAUGAAACUGUAAUUGGCAGUUACUGUAAUAAAAAAAGUGUCAUUCGGAAGCGAGGAGUUGUUAGAGCUCUCAGUAGUAUCGGAGUAGGAAGUGGCGUUGAGCAGUCUACAACAACAACAGCUGCUGCUUGGCAAAGUUUCGACAACUCUUGGAACUUUGAAAAAUAUUGGAUAUGUAUCAAAGACGGUGUAAUUGUAGUAGGCAAAGGUUCUGUUGGUUCUUGUGUGUUCCUGAAGUGGGAAGAUAGUGAACCAGUACGCAGUUCCUUUCAGAUUGGAGUCUCUUCUUGGCAUCAGCCUGUAAUAUUUUGUUUUUUUGAAGUCUUUCCUACUACUGAAGGACUAAUACCAUCAACUACAAAAGAGAGUUUGUCCUUCAUUAGCAACUUUUUCCUAGUUGCAAGAAACUACUUCAAUAGAUGCUUUCAUGAUAUCUUUUUGGAAUCUUCUGAUGGUAGUUUGUUUCCUUGUCAUGGCUGCGUAGUUGGUCUCUGGAGUAAAAGAUUGAGGGAAGCGGUCGAUAAAGCUAUUCACUCCACUUUAAAUUGUAGAAGAGGAUCUAAGGAGUUGUUUGAAUGGCCGAUAACACAUCAAAGCCAAAAAAGCAGUUGUUGGAAUAAUGGCUACGGUAAAAUUUUCUUAAUGAGCACGCCAAGUUGGAACGAGCAAAAUAUUCAAUUGAUUGAACGAGUUUCCAAAAAUGUUCCAAGAAUUCUCAUUUGUGCCUCUACACCCGCUACUGCUAUGUUUGUUCAGUUGUUGUAUGGAAUUGGAUUGGAUAGGAAACAAUUCUAUAGAAUGGAGAGCGAUGACAUCAUUUUAAACUUGUCUGGACGUGAUCAACAAACAUGGAAAGAAUGUAAAGCUCUGAUUGAAGAAUGGCAAGUUUCUACUUUGGCUCCUAUGUUCAAAGAUUGGACCUUUUCAGAAGCCGGAAAUAUUUUCCAUUUAGAUAGUUUUGAUUUCAUAUCAAAUAUAUCCGAAUAUUAUCCAGAGAGUUUCAUGAAUGACUUUAUUUCUUAUUUAAAUUACCUCAUGGACUCUUCAUUUUUAUCGGAUGUAGAACUGAUUUUACCUUUAGAAGAGGAACAGACAGUUUCAGUCAGUAAUGCCAUGUCUACUUAUUCAGACCAUUUAGAAGGAGAUCGUAGUCGUCGGUAUGUUUCCUUUCAUGUUCAUCGACUUGUUUUGGCUUCUAGAAGUAAUUAUUUUUUAAAAAUGUUUUCAAGUGGAAUGAGAGAAAUGGUACAAGACAAAAUUCAAAUUUGUAAUGUGGAUAUUCUCUCUUUCCAAAGAAUGCUGAAUGAAAUAUAUCAGAAACCUGUUUAUGGAACGGCUAAACUCGAUGAAGAUGCAGAUUUGUGGUUAGAGUUUGUGAAUGACGUUAGAGUUGGUGAUAUGUUUGAUGUUGCCCGUUUUAAAAAGGAAGCGUCCACUUGUCUGAGAAACCUUCUUAAUACUUCCAAUGUUAUACAUUUAGCAAAUCUAUCUCUUGAAUGCGAACUCUUUGACUUGUUUCAAUGUGCAACAGAUUUUAUUUGUUCUCAUUUUCAUGAAGUGUCUCAAGAGACUGAAUUUUCUUGCCUUCGUGAAGAUUGUUUUCUGCAUAUUUUGAGUCGCAUGGACUUGGAGGUUCAAGAUGAAAAUGAAGUUGCACUAAUAGUUCUCAAAUGGCUCGAAGGCAACCAUUCUUCUAGUUCAGUUGCGCAAGGUUUGUUCUUCAUGGUAAGGCAGAAAUUGGUUGAGCCGUCGUUAUUAAAUAGCAUCGGUCAGAAGUAUCAUCUUCACGAAUUUUUUCAAUUAGAAGAGACUUCUUCCGGACGAAUCCUAGCUUCGGAAGAUAUAGAAUGUCAUAUUUAUGCCAAAAGUGGAGCAUCUAGCAAUCGAAAUGUCGAAAAUUUGUCAAAUAGCCUAUUCACAAAUGACAGUGUCGUUUCUGAAGUCUUCGAACAGCCACAUUCAAUGAUUUUUGAAUCCUUUCAGUUUGUGAAACUUGAACCUAUCAAAUGGAUCCCGCCACAGUUCACCUUUAAAGUAGACGAAGAAAAGUGGUUAUUUCUAAGAAGAGAAUGGAAUAGAAUUUAUGGAACCAUCCCUCGAAUCGCUCCGGGUGAAGUAUGGAUUCCCUAUAUACCGAAGUUGCAUUCGGUUGGUGUACUUUAUUAUUUAGGGUGUUUUUAUGGUUUGCAACUGGGAGGAACGCGAGUGAAUCCUCACAAGUAUAACAUUGUCAGUAUAACUUCUUCAUCAGGCAGUCGUUUUGCGAAGCUCGAAAGUCUCGCUGAAAGUUCGGUCAACCGCUCUUGCUUUGCGUUAUCAAACUCUAGUUCGUUGGUCUGGUUUGCCCUAGACUUGGGAGCUGAAAGGGUUCUUGCCUGUUCAUUCUAUACGCUUGCUCAUGAUGGCUCCGAGUCGAAUUUCUUACGAAAUUGGUGCCUCGAAGGCAGCAAAGAUGGUAAAAGCUGGACUGUAUUAAAAGAGCAUCAAAAUGAUGAAACCUUGCAGUCUCCAUUGCAAAGAGCAACCUGGAGACUAGAGGAACCCACUUCACAGGUGUUUUACAGAUAUUUUCGAGUUAUUGCGAGGCCUCCUUGUAGAAAGAUAAACUUGGGUAGUUUUGAAUUUUAUGGAAGACUUCGUAUGAAAAGUUUGAAAUGAGAAGGAGAUGCAUAUUUGUCGUUUGGGUGGAGUUGGAGCAAUUCCUUUGUGAAAUGGAGCAGCAAUGGACGAAUGACAUGCGUUCGCACUUUAUAGAAAACUUUCAACUUGAGUAAUUCGUUGUGAAGU